UAAAAUAUAUAAUAAUAUUCCUGUCUCCAGUCUCUCCUGUGUGGUCCGUCCCUGUCUGUGGGCUCCAUCCUGCCUCUGAUGGAGCGUCUUUCUGAGGAAACCUUAUGGGGCUUCAGCCUGCACCUCCUCUGUGCCACCAGAAGCGGGCAGUACGACAGCAGCAUUGAAAAGCUGCUGGACCGAUGUCCUCAGGCCAUCAUAGCCUACGCCAAUCAUCAGUUACAAGACAAAAAUAUGGUAUUAUGGUGGCAGAAGCUGCUCCCAGAGCUUUGUAAUAGGACGAGAGCUGCCGCAGACAACCGCAUCCUAUUGGCUGCUCUCAAAGAGACGCUGAUUGUGGUUGCAACAGAGACGAGCCCUGCAGAGUUCUUGGAACUGAUACCUGACGAUGGUACCGCCGCAUAUUUCCUGCCUCACCUGUUGACAUGUACCCAGAGACACAUGUUGGCCUGACACACACACACACGCAGUGUAUACUUAAAUAGACAAAGACAAAUGUGUUAGUCCUUCUUAAGUGAAUGUCGGUUUCCCAUUUAUCAGUCCAAACUGAUUUAUACAACAAAUGCAGUCUUCUGUUGGCAUUUGAACUGUGGCAUCGGAGCAGUUGGCAGUUCAGUAAUUUGCUCAAAGGACACUCAACAAUAGGGUUUGAGGAUGAUUCAACCUAGCAACAUUCAAAACAUAAUCCUGAUUCUCAAAUCUCUAAGCUAUGACACUUUAUUUGUCCUCAGACAAUCAUGUACAGGUUUAGCAUGUUUUAUGAUGGCACUAUACUUGACCCACUUUUGAGUAGUAAGCAAUUAAACUGAAUAUUUAGGCAGUCACUCUGUGGAUGUAUUCUCUGUUUUUUUAGCUGAUAAAGAGUUCAGUACAAGUUCAUGUUCCUGGGAGCCACACAGUCUAUAGUCUAUCCAGCCUAUAUAUCCAAUAUGCUUCUUUUUUUCCUGAAUUUGUAGUGUGUUGUUUGUACCUGGAAAUUGCUUUGCAUUUCUUUGUUUGCCAUUCAUAAUGUAAUGUGCAAACAUUUUUAAAUAUGUUAAAAAUAAGUUAUAUAACCUAUGAGUUUGUUUAUAUAUCUUGCUGCCACAGCUACAGAGACAAUUUUCUAAAUGUGGUCCAUACUGAAUGUGGUGAUUAAAAAAGUUUAGCUACUAUGAGAAAUUAUUUUUAUUUAUUAAAAUUUUUGGUACUAAAACCCAGAAGUCAGUUUACACAGCACUUUAGAGCUGUUGAGUUCAGAUCCCGAUAUCUACCCUCAAUAUUGUUUGAUUCAAAGUAUGCAAAUGUCUGUAGUUAAAGAAAAGAAAUAAACUUCAGAGAUUCA